CGUCAAGGGCAUCGAUUCAACAUGCACCGACGUCGUAGAAUUACGAGAAAACAGUACAUCGCGUCUUAUCAACAACUCGUCAACGAAGUGGAAUGUUUGCCGAAUGUUUCGCGAGCCGGCUGGGAUCGACGACUGAUGCUUCGUCCAUUUACGUUGAAGCCGAGCUGUAUCGCUCGGUAUACGGUUCACUCGCAUCCGAUCCCUGUCGACGUGGUCGAUCUCAGUUGGGGAGUUCCACGACGCGAGGGUAAUUCGUGUGUACACGCGAAAGCGGUAAGGUGCAUGGACCGUGUAUAUGGUGAUUAUAUGUAUUCCAUAUAUAGACUAUUAUUACUUGGGCAACACUAUUAGUACGUGCAAGCAUGCUACGAAACGCUAUCGAAGCAACAUGCAUUGCCUAUACCGUACUUGCGAAGAGAGAAUCUUAAGUCUAAUUAUAAAUACUUAUGUCUAAUCGAACUUCGAACUUGAUAACAGUAGCAACGAUAUGCAGCAGGAUCUGAAAGUUGUUGGAACUUUAGUGUGAAAUUUGAUUAAUUAUAUCAUUUUGUUUCAACACUCGGUCCAAUAUAACGAUCGUCUUCGAAAUAUGAUAUAUCCUUGAGAUCGAUUAGAUUCUUACUCGUAACGGAUAUAACGAAAUUCUGAUCAACUUCCGGAUCAGUAUAUCAAUACUUAUGUUGAAUUAUUUUCGUGUCGAAGAUUUCCCUUCGUUAAAUCGUCAGUUGCCGAAGUGCACCAAAAAUGCCGUACACAAUUGAGCGUGGAAUGAAACAUCUUUUACGUGCGUUUGCGCCGUACACCUUGCACGUGAGAUAAUAAUCGCAUGUUGCAUAAACACGGUGUUCCGAUUAUGUAGUCCAGUUUGUUCGAGGCGAUGUUUCCGUUAUUUCGCUGGACGCGUUUAUACGCGUGCGAUGCACGCGUGUAGACACCUUUCUACUUUAUUUCGUAAUUGGUUCGUUUGUGAGGAUGUGAAAAUGACUUUUAUGCGUGCAGGAAAAAAUUGUCGGGAAAGUUUUGAUUUAGGAUACGAGUUCAGUGACAAAGGGAGAGGAAAAAAAUUGCGGGAUCGUGCAACCGAUAAAAUAACAAUUGUCGCCAUAAAUUCGUAGAUUCGCGUUCUCUUGUCCCGUUGUACACUUUAUCGAGACGUUUACGACUAUUACAAACGUUGCACUGAAAUUUUCGCAACCGUUAUAGGUGUGAAAUUUUGUUGGAAGGGAGGAGAGACUGAGAGAGAGAUAGAGGAUAGACAGAUAGGUAGAUAGGCAGAUAGGUAGAUAUAGAUAGAAAGAUAGAGAGAUAGAUAGAUAGAUAGAUAGAGGGAGAGAGAGGGAGAGAGAGAGAGAGAGAGAGAGAGAAAUUCAGGAAACUUUAGGAACGAACUUGGACAUUUUACAGCUCCAAUAACGGCUGACAUUCACUCUAGCUAUGUUGGAAAGAUUUCAACCCGAGGCGACGCUUACCGCCGUCAUCGACGCUGUAUACGUUGCCGCGAUAUUUUUGUGACGUUUUCAAGCGCGGAAAGUUUUAUGCCGGAUAAAUGUGCGGAUUUAUGCUAUUGCGAUGCUUGGAUACCGCUUCAAGGAUGGAGUUGGGAGACGAAAAUAAUAAAAAUGGAAUAAAUAGAGAAGUCCAUUCCACCGUACUGUUUCGUUUGAUAUUAGUCGAACGACCCUGUUUAUCGAGCAUGGGAGCUCUACUUUUUGCUACUUAUUUAUUUACUUACCAAGUCAACGAACUAAAUCACUUUUUUUUACUUUCUAAAUUAAUACUAUGCACGCAUACAAUAUAAAAUUAAAACGUGGUACGUAGUCAUCGUCAUCAUUUAUAACAUAUUAAAUAUAAAUCGUAAGUUUCCAAGCGAUAGAACAACGUAUCGAUAUUAGAUUAUCUUACGGAACAGCGAACCGUGAUGUAAAUACGAGAAAAUUUUCAAUGAACAAUAUGUAUGCAAUGUUUAACAUGUAAACAACUUUUUGCAAUUGUACACACGAGGUUUUUUCAUUUCCGUGGAAAGUGGAUCCUUGAAGUGGUGCUCGAUCGCAACAACGUAUGCUACGUUUCGAUAUCUGGCAUCGUCUACUUUUCAACGAGUCUUCAGUUUCAAAUGAUAUUGCGUCUUUCGCGAUUGAACGCGCGCAAAGUUGCUGGUUGUUAUAUUAAUUGGGUAUUGUCUAUCUAGUGGUCAUAAGUAGUUUCUGAUGCGAACGCGAAUCCGUGAAUGCAAGUUUAAUUAAAGUGGGCUCGAAAGUAACUCCGUUGUAAUGUGGUGUUGAUGUCACUUCGGGCGGAAGUUGUCAUGGCAGCGAGCUUUGCUUCGUUUGGCGUUCCUCCAGGCGCAGUGCAGUCGUGUCGUGAUGCGCACUGGACGUCUAAUUUGUCGUAUUAUGCAUUUUGACGCUCGUUACCCAUCGAUUUUACGAAUCUUCGAACCGUUUAACUGUUCGUCCUAAAGUUAUCGAACAAUGUGUGCGGGAAAUGUAUCUUCCGCGUAUUCUUCAAGACCUCGUUGAUCCUGUCCGACCGCGUUACGUCUACAAGAAAUAUUUCGUUCUCGACUGGCACAGUGCUAUAUAAUUCGGAAUCACGUUCUUCGAGUAGCAUCGUAACGAUGCAAAGAACGGUCGCGUCGCGCUUUGUCGAGUGUUUCUAAGGACACUUCGCAACUUUUCCUUGGCAAGAGAAGAGAGUUCGCGGGCAGGCAAGUAGCGCAGGUAAGCGUUUGCCUACGAACAUCGAGAUAGAAAAGAAGGACAAGAACGAGGAGUACGAAACAACUAGCGGCUAUGUAACGAAGCUGUUACAUACAUAGAAAGAAGCAGUUUCAAAAGCAGAAGCUUGCAAGCGAAUCGAAACCGAAGAAAAAAGAAAAGAGACGAAGAAAAGAACGGAAAAAAGAAGAGAACGAAGGAAAAACGCAACAGCAGAGUGUGUGCGACGAAUGAUGGAAGGCAAGAGAGGCUCGUACGAGAACACUGGUUGGCUCAACGUGUAUUUCACAUUGUGCUUUCUGCGCCUCGACGAGUGGCCAGUCUGUGUGUACGCGUGCACAUAAUCUCGAUGCGAUACACCUGCGUGGAUAUUAACAUGUGCACGUGUAUGAUUGUACAAGCGCACGCACACACAUACUUGAAUAUUAAUAAUAAUUAGAAUGUGUACGGCAUCAUAGUGAUUCAUAGCUACCAGAAGCGUACUGCACACACUGACAAUGAUACAGCUCAAUAUAGGUGUCGUAUUAU